CAUAUAUCGACAAAAUUCCAUGGAAUUUCCAUCUUCAUCUCAGACUAUUCCAAAACAUUCUGAUUUGCCAUAUUUAGACCUUUGCGCACCAUUAAAGAAAUAUUUCUCCCAAGAAGGUGUAGAUUUAUUAGACGAAAUUCCAAAAAGUCCUUUUCCUGCCCAAUCAAAUGUAUGUUCACACCAAAUAUCGUGCUGCUCAAAUUUUAUCGAAAAAAUUAUAACCGCUAAACAAAUUAUGAAGCUGGAAAUAAAUCUGAAAGAAAUUGUAUCGGGAUUACAUCAGGAAUUUCACAAAAAUUCCGUAAACCUACACAGAACAGUAAUAAAAUCCAUAGUGGAAUCAGGCCUUAAUCUAAAUGCUGUAUUCAAUAAAACGUAUGGGAUGGUUUAUUGGCAGAACUCUGAUCUAUUUUACACGCUUUUUUCCCGUUUACGAACGUAUGUUGCCUCCGCUUCCUCCCCCUACAAGCCUACCAUGGGACCGAAAGCGGCACUCGACUCUUUUUUCUUGGAUUUGUACGAGCGUACGUUUUGCCUCUUGAACGCUCAGUAUCGAUUUGACAGUCCCUAUAGGAGCUGUUUAAGGUCUACUUAUGAUAUCAUCAAGCCUUUCUCGUCCACCAACGGAGACGAUCCAGCUAAACAAGCCUCAAGACUGACCACGUCUCUUACCUUGACUCACUCCUUACUCUUCGCCCUUGCUCGACUAUCCUACAAUAUCCUAGAGUAUCCUGUGCAAAAAACCACUACUUCUUCCAUCGUCCAUUAUAAUCAAGAUAAUCCAUUUUGGAUUAGCAAGAUACUAGUAUCAGAUGAAACCGCGAAAAAAGUAUUAAUGACACUAUGGGGUUGCCCUUUAUGUCAGCCUAAUCCUAAUCCUAAUGCAUCUUACACGCCUUGCCCUAAAUUAUGCGAAACAAUUCUAUCAAUUUCAGUUCGCCACUUUGCUAAGCUCUCAAACCGCUGGGGCCUAUACAUUAAUGCAAUCCUAGAUAUUUUGAAGCGACUACAAGGUUCUUUUAGUUUAGAAGCUAAUAUUAAUACAUUAGACGUUAAAAUAUCGGAGGCUAUAAUGAAUUUUCAGGAACGUUCUAUAACUUUCUCAAACAAGGUAUAUAAAAUAUGUGGUCAACCUCCACUAAAAUCAUACGACAGUGUUAAUGAUCAAGUAUUUCAGAAUUCUCUUAAACCUGAUUGGCGAAAGUUGGUGGUAGAUGAUAACAAGGAAUUUUUUAAAGGCGUACAAAAGGAAUACAAAACAAAUUCGAUUUUGAGCGACAUAAGCAGUUUAACUGAAAAUGCCAGGCAUUUUUGGGAAGAUCUAAAUAGCACCUUGAUUAUCAAGUUGUGUCCCGUUUUUGUGCAUAGUCAAAAAUUAACCAGUCUUAAUCACAUCAACCCUUCACCGACAGAAAAGGAAGAAAGCAUUUGCUGGAAUGGACAAAAUUACAACGCUUCAAAUCAUUAUAAUGUGUCAUCAUUACCAGCAAUUACCUCUAACCUCAAUCUUACAGUGAUGAAAGGGAUUGAAAGUUCUAUCGAUAAAUUGACUCAAAUUUUGGUUAAAACGUAUAAAGGGACAUCAGUUUACAUAGUCGAUGAUGAAGAUGAACAACUUCCGCCAAAACAAUUUGUCAUUUCAGAUUCGAAAUUAGAUCUUUCACUUGACAAUAGUGGAAGUGGGAUGCAUAUUUUAGAAGAGAAUUUAUAUUCCACUAUUGAUCCAACUAGCCGCCAAAACCACUCUCUUGGGUAUGCUAAACAUAUUCCUUUAGUCACUUUACAAGGAGAUUUAGAGCAACCAAAAUUAUUCCAUGAUGAUGAUACAACCCCACAAGAAGGUUCUGGUAUAAUUGAAAGUAAUUUACUUGCUAAAAAAAAUACCAGCUAUGUUAUGUUUAUAUCCACAAUCGAACCCAAAAUAAUUACCUCCGUGACCCCUGUGAUACUUAACCAUCAUCCAAUAGACGUUAUCAUUACAAAGAAUACGGUAUAUGGAAAAAUUGACAACGAUGACCAGGAUGCGAGUGAUAGCUCUAAUAGAGGAAACGUAUUAAGUGAAAAUGGUAAAAUAAGUGAAAGAGACCCUGGGACUAUUGUAUAUCGAUUUGGGUUGACCGUAUUUAUGCUGGGAGUUGUUUUCGUUCCUUAAUAAUCUCAGUAGUUUAGCUGUGGAAAAUUAACGCUUAUUUCUUCUGCUGCUAAAAUUUAAUUAUAAUUAUCUAAACA